AUCGCUGAGCUCUCUGAGGGUCCUUGUUGGUUCUCUGACGUCAUCAACCUCCGUUCCCUGGACCUCGUGGAAGACUGCAUGAUUCCCGUCUAGCUGUCAAAGCGACCGUCAUGGAGUACGUGCAACCAGUGGGGCCAAGCAGCCAAGGGAAUAUCCUGUGCUGCACUUGUGGUGUCCCUAUCCCUCCAAACCCUGCCAACAUGUGUGUGGCUUGUCUACGGACUCAGGUUGACAUAUCGGAGGGCAUUCCCAAACAGGUCACAGUGCACUUCUGCAAGCAGUGUGAGCGGUACUUGCAGCCACCAGCCACAUGGGUGCAAUGUGCCCUGGAGUCCAGAGAGCUUUUGGCUCUGUGCUUGAAAAAACUCAAGGGAUCCAUGACCAAAGUGCGUCUCAUUGAUGCCGGCUUCCUCUGGACUGAGCCACACUCUAAACGGAUUAAACUGAAAUUGACCAUCCAAAAAGAAGUGAUGAACGGAGCAAUCUUGCAACAGGUCUUCGUGGUUGAGUUUGUCGUCCAGUUUCAGAUGUGCGACGAUUGCCACCGCGUUGAGGCAAAGGACUUUUGGAAGGCUGUUGUGCAAGUCAGACAGAAAACGCUUCAUAAAAAGACUUUUUACUAUCUGGAGCAGCUGAUUCUGAAGCACAAGCUCCACCAGAACGCUCUCAACAUCAAAGAAAUCCAUGACGGUAUUGAUUUUUAUUACGGUUCCAAGCAGCACGCUCAGAAAAUGGUGGACUUCCUCCAGUGCACCGUGCCCUGCAGGUUGAAGACAUCGCAGCGUCUCAUCUCUCACGACAUCCAUUCGAACACCUACAACUACAAGAGCACCUUCUCUAUAGAGAUCGUCCCUGUCUGCAAGGACAACGUGGUUUGCCUUUCACCACGUCUGGCACAGGCUCUGGGAAACAUGGGUCAAGUGUGUGUGUGUGUUCGUGUCACCAGCACCAUCCACCUCAUCGACCCCAACACUCUGCAAAUUGCCGAGGUGGAUGGAAACACAUACUGGCGUCACCCAUUUAACAGCCUGUGUAACCCGCGGCAGCUGGAGGAGUUCAUCGUCAUGGACGUGGACAUCAUCAGAGACCAGAAACUCUGUGCCGGCGCCGGCAUGAGGUCCAACAAGCACACCCUGGCCGAGGUCUGGGUCCAGAAGACGUCGGAGCUGAACACCAAUCAGCAGUACCACUGCCGCACUUUUCUGGGUCACCUCCUGAACAUCGGAGACCUGGUGAUGGGGUUCGACUUCGCCAAUUCCAACAUCAACGAUGAGUUCCUCAACAAGAUGAAUCCUCAUUAUGUGCCCGACGUGGUGCUGAUCAAGAAGAGCUACGACCGCAGCAAGAGGGUCAAGCGUCGGAACUGGAAGCUGCAGGAGAUGGCCAAAGACAGAGAGGGAAUGGAUACAGAUGAUGAGAGGCAAUAUCUGGACUUCCUGGAGGACCUGGAGGAGGAUGAGGCUUUGAGGAAAAAUGUAAACAUCUACAGAGAUGCUUCAAAGAUCCCAGUGGAGAGCGACACCGAUGACGACGGCGCUCCUCGUAUCUCCUUAAUGGAGAUGAUGGAGGAGCUCAGCCUUAAUGAUGCGACUGGUGGAGAGGGUGCUGACAUGAUGACCGAGUAGCCACCACCUGUCUGACACACACACUUUCAUGGACUCAUUGGUUUAAGUCCCAGAACUUUCCUGCAGGAAAUGCUAUUCAUUGAUGAACCCUGAAAGUUGAUGCGAUGAACUGAUCAUGUGACUAACUGUGUCAAUCAUUAUAUCAUUCAUAAUGUCAAAUAUAUCUGAGGCUUGAUCAUGUGAGAACGGAAUUUCGCGUGUGAAAAUAUAUUGCAGCAUGUGAAUCUGACUUGGUUUCCCUUGUUUCCAAUAAUGUCCACCAGAGGGCGGUAUACUACAGUGAGCCUCUUCCUUCCCGAGCCGCUCAGCCUCUGUUUGAACCGGAUAGUGAAAGCAGGUUUGAGUGUCGCAUUCAAAAGUGGGGAUUAACGACGAUUUACCUCUCUGAAACUCGACUGCGUUUAACCAAAUGUGAUUCAGUGUUGACUCAAGCAAUGAUUUAUAGCAUGUGCAGUGCGAGCACUGGGAGUGGUUUACUGACAGGACCUUAUUGAAACUCAUAAAAAUUCAUCACAGGCCAUAUCUGGUGAUGUGGUGAGCCGGAUAUUGACAUGCUUAUAGCUCUGGACAGCACUGUUGACUUCUUAAUGUGAUCUGAGGCUCCAGAGGUGAUGUGUUGCCUGUCUUGUUCUUCACAUUUGAGGCUGUGUUUGAGAACCACUGGUGCAGUCAGUGAGGUGAGGUGGUCAGAACAUGGAACCCGGAAGUGGAGUGACCUUCACGUGAACUCUCAGUCUGAGAGUUUUGGAGGCCCCCAUAUAGACUCAACAUGGCUGCUUCCUGUCGAGUCACUCUGCCCUGGCUCGCUCUGUUGUUUGCAGUCUGUAGCUCUUCUAAUCACGUUGUCGAGAAAGCCAGAGUGCAAUAUCAGCUUAUUGUGUUUACCCCGAGCACCUGAGGCGCUUGUGUGCUUUAACCUGCUGACGCUCGCAAACUAAUGUGUAUCACUGACUAUGUUGCUGUGUGACACGCUGCUUCAAGAGGGAGGCGCUGGGCCAAGUUUAGUUUUUCCCCCAAACCUGAGCUGGCUGCUCAUUGAAAUCAGAUCUUGGGAAAGUGGCUGAAUGAAUCAAUGUAUAUGUGUGUGAGGGGGGGGACACUGAGGGGGUUCUUAUGUAUCGUCUUUCUCUGUCUGACCUGAAAUCACUACCUUCUAAAUUGUUGAUAUUCGGAUGCUUGGCAGGUGACAUGGCUGCACUGCCUCUGGCCUGUUGCACCACUGUGGGUGACACAGUUUGGCGCUUCAAAUAAUGAUACAAAAGGAGACGCAUGAAAGCUACGGUACGAAUCCUUCGACAGUGCUGCUGAAUGAAUUCAUGUGUAACUGUUGAACCAAGGCGGCGCUGCUCGUGUUUAUACAUCAAUAAUGCAUAUUGUUGUGAAGCCAAUGAACAGAGCAGGGCAGAUAAGAGAUAAGAUUUCUGUGACGGUCCGUCUGGCUCACUCAAAACAAAUAGAUGUGACUCCGCUUUACAGCGUUAUAAACCGAUUCAGAAUUAUGCUCUUCUCCAAAACCACGAGGUUCAGUACCCUUUUGUUACAUCCAUCUUUUAAGAUUUGAGUUUAUGGUGUUUAUGUUCCUCCAGUUUGUUUAUAAAUUUAGAAUUAAUCUUCAAUAGCUACCAGGCAACUGGGGUUUAGCCAUUAUUGAAUCAAUAAAAAU